AGAACAAUUAUUGUUCAAAUUAACAUUAAAUAGGUACCUACAAUUCAAUUAUUAAUUAAUAUUAUCAAAAUUACAGCUUUUAUUUGUUUUAAGGUCAAAGCAUCAUUACAAAAUCAACAGCAAAUACAACAUCAUUGGCAAAAAAUACAUUUGAAAAAUUACAUUUUUGUGGUGCAUUUGAAAGUGUGUCACUAUGUGUCGUGCACUAUCGGUGAUUGUUGCCACUUUGGUGCUUCAAACAUUAUGGAGCUCUGCACUCUCCUUUCUGCUGGAUGUGAGCACAGUGGCCCCCAGCAUCGUCGACCAAGCUGUGGUGAAUCAGAACGAAUAUUGCUACUCCUGCGUCAAAAUCGAGAACGUCUGCUACAACCACACAGAGUUGUUUGAGCUCCACGCCCCCUUCGGUGAAAACCCCAUCGUCCAAAGGAUGAGCAUUAUGAAGUCUACUCACUUUCUGUACUACACCUUCGAACCGCAGAUCAGUGAUAAAGAAUACUCCAAUAUUGGCUUCGUAUCGUUACGCUAUCCCACUUUAUUUGGCGUCAUCCCUGGUGUCCCUGGCUGGCAGUUCAACUUUGGGCCCUUUGAUAUAAACCAGAAAGAGAAAAAAAUAUACAUAGGUGGUACCGAAGGUAUAUGGGUUGUUGAUGAUUCUAGACAUAGUCCAAAGUAUUUCGGUUUGAUGCCGAAUGUGAUCACUGAUCUUGCUGUAAAGGAUUAUAUGUAUUUUACUACGUCAGAUAAUAAUGGAAUAUGUAAAUAUGUGGACGGAUAUUAUGUAGUUCAAUUAGGAGAUACAAUGAUAAAGAAGUUUGUUCUGGAUGCAGGGUCUAAUGUUGUGUAUUUAAAUGGAACUGGUUUGUGGAUUUCAUUUAGAAGUAAAAGCCAGAAAGACGUAAGAUUAUCAACUGAACGGUUCAUCAGAGGUUUGACUGUUGAUAUGAAGGGAACAGUGUACGCCUGGCAUGUAGAUGGGAUAUAUAAAGUGACUUAGGUAAAAUUUUCGCGCAGUCUACAUUGAAACGCGUAACUGGUAUAGCUCCCGACGCUAUGACUUUCGAUGAGUCAAACAACAUCAUAUACUCGAUCGGAAAAAAGUUGUAUAAGUUGUCUAAAGUUGCUACCACAAAGUGUUUUAGUUGGUAAUUCUAUUAAUAAGACGUAUGUCUACAAUCAAAAUCUAGUACAUUACUCUCUUAAGUUUUGUAUUUUUAGUGGUGGGUUAAAAUUAAUUGAAUGUAUAAAAUACGCAAAUAAGGCCCACUUGCACCAACCAAGCAAGAGUAAAUAGGUAUCUCAUAGGUAAGCGUGCUCCACCGUAG